AAGCCAGAUAGAAGAGAUUAAAAAAAUGUUUUGUAGAGAAUCGUUGUCGAGUCUCCAGACUUUGAGCGUAGCAAAGAGUCUCAGCUCUUUGUUCCCUAAACAAUCAGCUCUCACUAGCCUGAUUUCCGCAGGACGUCGAAACAAGCUACCUCGUCCAAACCUCAGAAGACGAUGUAAGGUCACCGCCUCACGGUCUAAUAUUGAACAGGAAGGUAACAUAGUGAAAGAACCCAUUAAGAAAAUCAAAGUAAAGGGAUACAUAACGGCCCAAGAAGAGUUUUUGGAGGGCAUAACUUGGUUGAGACCUCUCGAUGAAAUCGCUGAUAUCCGCGGCAGAUCAUUGCUUGUCGAGCUUAUUAGCGCCCAAACUGACCAGCGGAUUACGGUAGAAGACUACGCACAACGCGUAUGGGCCGAAGCCCCUGAUGAGAAGUACGAGUGCGAGUUUGAAAUGCCUGAAGACUUUGGACCCGUGGGGGCCAUCAAGGUUCAAAACCAAUACCAUAGACAGUUGUUCCUCAAGGGGAUGGAGCUUGAAUUACCUGGCGGGUCAGUUACGUUUACAUGUGAGUCAUGGGUGGCCCCCAAGUCCGUUGACCCAACCAAGCGGAUAUUCUUCUCCAACAAGUCUUACUUGCCUUCCGAAACACCGGAGCCUCUUAAAAAGUAUCGAAAGGAGGAGCUAGAGACCUUACAAGGAAAGAACCGCGAACAAGUUGGUGAAUUUACCAAGUUUGAGCGCAUUUACGACUAUGAUGUGUACAACGAUGUGGGUGACCCUGACAAUGAUCCUGAACUUGCUCGUCCGGUAAUUGGAGGCCUUGCACAUCCCUACCCAAGGCGUUGCAAGACUGGUCGCAAACCUUGUGAGACUGACCCCUCCUCAGAGCAACGCUACGGGGGAGAGUUCUAUGUCCCAAGAGACGAGGAGUUCUCUUCAGCCAAGGCCACUUCAUUCAAAGGAAAGGCCGUCCUGGCAGCUAUUCCCUCCAUCUUCCCGCAGAUCGAGUCUGUUCUGUUGGAUCCCCAAUCACCUUUUCCACAUUUCAAGGCCAUACAAAAUCUCUUUGAAGAAGGUAUUCAGCUUCCCAAGAAUGCUGGCCUUUUACCUCUGCUCCCCAGAAUCAUCAAAGCUCUUGGUGAAGCUCAAGAUGAUAUUCUUCAGUUUGAAGCCCCAGUUCUCAUUGACAGGGAUAGAUUUUCAUGGUUACGAGACGACGAGUUUGCUCGCCAGACACUUGCAGGCCUUAAUCCUUAUAGCAUUCAGCUAGUUGAAGAGUGGCCGUUAAAAAGCAAACUAGACCCAGCCGUUUAUGGUGAUCCCACCUCACUCAUUACUUGGGAAAUUGUGGAAAGAGAAGUUAAAGGAAACAUGACAGUUGAUGAGGCUCUAAAGAGUAAGAGAUUGUUCGUGUUGGAUUAUCACGAUUUACUUUUACCAUAUGUGAACAAAGUGAGAGAGUUGGACAAUACCACAUUAUAUGCUUCUCGAACACUAUUCUUCCUCAGCGAUGAUAGCACAUUGAGACCUGUUGCCAUUGAGUUGACUUGUCCCCCAAAUAUCAACAAGCCCCAAUGGAAACAAGUCUUCACGCCAGGCUAUGAUGCUACAUCUCGCUGGCUAUGGAAACUUGCUAAGACUCAUGCUGUUUCUCAUGACGCCGGUUAUCACCAGCUUAUUUCCCACUGGUUGAGGACUCAUUGUUGUACGGAGCCAUACAUAAUAGCGGCAAAUAGACAACUAAGUGCCAUGCAUCCCAUUUAUAGGCUUUUGCAUCCUCAUUUCCGCUACACUAUGGAGAUCAACUCUCGUGCACGCCAAAGUCUUGUCAACGGAGGUGGAAUCAUUGAGACUUGUUUUUGGCCCGGGAAGUAUUCAUUAGAGCUAAGUUCAGCCGUCUAUGAUAAACUAUGGAGGUUCGACAUGGAAGGCUUACCCGCAGAUCUCAUUAGAAGGGGGCUGGCUGAGGAAGAUGAGACCGCGGAACAUGGACUACGCCUGAGGAUACCAGACUACCCAUUUGCGAAUGAUGGUCUAAUAUUGUGGGAUGCAAUUAAAGAAUGGGUGACAGAUUAUGUGAAACACUAUUAUCCAGAUGAAGGACUGAUCACAUCGGACGAGGAACUUCAAGGGUGGUGGAGCGAAGUGCGGAACAUAGGGCACGGAGACAAGAAAGACGAACCUUGGUGGCCUGUCCUCAAAACACAAGAUGACUUGAUUGGUGUGGUAACUACAAUUGCAUGGGUCGCCUCAGGCCACCAUGCAGCUGUAAACUUUGGACAGUACGGAUAUGGAGGAUACUUUCCCAACCGACCAACGACAACAAGGAUAAGAAUGCCAGUGGAAGAGCCGACAGAUGAAGAGCUAAAAGAGUUCUAUGAGUCGCCAGAAAAAGUUAUGCUUAAGACAUACCCGUCGCAGAAACAGGCGACCCUAGUGAUGGUCACUUUGGAUCUUUUAUCAACCCAUUCACCUGACGAAGAGUACAUUGGAGAGCAACCAGAAUCAACUUGGGCCAAUGACCCUGUCAUCUAUGCUGCAUUUAAAAAAUUCAAAGGUAGGCUCGAAUAUCUAGAAGGAGUGAUAGAUGAGAGAAACGUGAACAUUACUCUAAAGAAUAGAGCUGGAGCUGGUGUUGUUAAGUAUGAGCUUUUGAAGCCCCUCUCUGACCAUGGCGUUACCGGAAUGGGUGUUCCUUAUAGUAUUUCUAUUUGAUCUAUGCAUUUUUGUGCAUUUGUUUCUCAAAAAUGCUUCAGUUCUGUAUCUCUUUUCUUCUCAAUAAAAUUAAUAAAUUAUG